GGGGAUUUCCCCAAGUAAAAACCUUUUUAAACAUGGGCUCUGAAAUCAGUACCCAAGCACCUUCUGCAUCCGAAUUUAUUGUAAUUCAGGACACCAAAACCUAUGCAUUUUGACUCUCUCAUUUUCAGAGCUCAAACUCCAAGGUUACCCAUCAAGAACCAAGAUAAACCAACCACAUCGAAAAGAAAACACGGAGGAUAGAGAGAUAGAAAGCAGAGUUUUUGUUUCAUCAGUGUUCCUUUUAGAAGCCUUUUUCGAUCAGUUUGAGAGAGAAAGUUGUUUGUUUUCUAUUUCUUUCUAGGGUUUUGGGCUGAGGUAGAAGAUUCCAUGCAUGAUCUGGGUCUAGAGAAUGAAGAAGAUGGGUUUAAGAAAAAAAGUUGCUUGCGUUUCUCUUCUACUUCUGGUUCUGUUACUCUUGGAAGCUUCAGAUUCUGCUGUUUAUGGGUCUUCCGCCAGUCAUGAAACCUUCAAAACUGGUAAUUCUGCUGCUUCUCAAGACUUUAGUCCAGUUGAGUCCAAUAGUACUGGUGGGUCUGAAGGACAUCAUAAGGUUGAAGAUGGUGAUGCAGUUUUUGGUGAUGAAAAGAGGAAAAUCCACACAGGUCCAAAUCCUUUGCACAAUAGAUGAUUAGAAGAGCAAAAAUUUUGAUCAUCCCACCUCUUCUUUGCUUAAAGAACUAUGAAUUUUUCCUCUCUUUUUUAUUCUUUUUUACUUGAUUUAUUGUUGAUAUUUUUGUUUGAGGGAUGGAAGUCUGGCUGUAUUGUUCAUAGAGAAAUGUACUACUAGGCAAUCCUACAGUUGCAUAUAAAGUAAGUUUUUUAAU